AAGCUCAAAAAGGAACUGGAUCGACUCAAAGAUGAUUUGGAAACAAUCACAGAUAAAUGCAAUGAUUUCUUCAGCCAAGCUGCUGGUUCCCCUUCGGUCCCAACUCUGCGCUCUGAACUUAAUCUUGUCAUUCAGAACAUGAAUCAGGUUUAUUCCAUGUCUUCCAUUUACAUAGAAAAGUUAAAAACCGUAAAUUUGGUGCUCAAAAACACUCAAGGAGCUGAAACUCUAGUAAAACAGUAUGAGACUAAACUUUGUGAGGAAGACCCAUUAACUGCUGACAAGAGCAAUAUUGAGAACCUGAUGGGCACACUGAAGCAAUGGAGAGCUGAAGUUGAUGAAAAAAGAGAAGUAUUCCAUGCCUUAGAAGAUGAACUCCAGAAAGCGAAAGCAAUUAGUGAUCAGAUGUUUAAAACACACAAGGAACGUGAUCUUGACUUUGACUGGCACAAAGAGAAAGCAGAUCAGUUAACGGAGAGGUGGCAAAAUGUUCAUUCUCAGAUUGAAAACAG